AUGUCUCAACCAGGAAAGAAGGAUGCAGCAGAUCUGCUAGCAUCAUUGAAGAUCGAUGACGCUAAGAAAGAAAUAAAACCAUCGACAAACACCACUGAAAACGUUUCUGAAAAGAAGGAAGACAAAAAGGAAGACAAGAAAGAAGACGUGAAGCCACCAGUGAAAGAUGAAAAAAGCGAAAAGAAGACCGAUAGCAAGACAGAAGAUGAAUCACCAUUAGUGAAAUCUGAAUAUGAGGUCAAAGUUAAACUUGUGGAUUUACAAGCCGACCCAAACUCCCCAUUAUAUAGUGCCAAAUCCUUCGAUGAAUUAGGAUUAACCCCCGACUUAUUAAAGGGUGUCUAUGCAAUGAAGUUUCAAAAACCAUCCAAGAUUCAAGAAAAGGCCUUGCCAUUGUUAUUGAGUGAUCCACCAAGAAACAUGAUUGCUCAAUCUCAAUCCGGUACAGGUAAGACGGGUGCUUUUUCAUUGACCAUGCUAUCUAGAGUUGACCCUUCAAUCAAUGCACCACAGGCCAUCUGUCUUGCACCAUCCCGUGAAUUAGCUAGACAAACAUUAGAGGUGAUCCAAGAAAUGGGCAAAUUUACUAAGAUUACUACUCAACUAAUCGUUCCGGACUCAUUUGAGAAAAAUCAACAAAUCAAUGCUAAUAUUAUUGUCGGGACUCCCGGUACUGUCUUAGAUCUAAUGCGCCGGAAAUUAAUGUUAUUGAAUAAUAUUAAAAUAUUUGUACUUGAUGAAGCUGAUAAUAUGUUAGAUAAACAAGGUCUUGGAGAUCAAUGUCUUCGUGUAAAGAAAUUCAUUCCAAAGAGUACUCAAUUAGUUUUAUUUAGUGCUACCUUUGCUGAUCGAGUUAGAAAUUAUGCUAAAAAAGUUGUUCCAGAGGCUAAUACGUUAGAAUUACAAAGAAAUGAAGUUAACGUUGAUGCUAUUAAACAAUUAUAUAUGGAUUGUAAAGGUGAUGAUCAUAAAUAUGAAGUCUUAUGUGAAUUAUAUGGGUUGUUAACUAUUGGUUCCUCAAUUAUAUUUGUUGCAACAAAGAAGACAGCCAACUUAUUAUAUGGGAAAUUAAAACAAGAAGGUCAUCAAGUAUCGAUUUUACAUGGUGAUUUACAAUCUCAAGAUAGAGAUAGAUUAAUUGAUGAUUUCCGUGAAGGUAGAUCUAAAGUAUUAAUUACCACAAAUGUGUUAGCUCGUGGUAUUGAUAUUCCAAGUGUUUCAAUGGUAGUCAAUUAUGAUCUACCUACCAUUGAGAAUGGACAAGCUGAUCCUGCUACAUAUAUUCAUCGUAUUGGUAGAACAGGUAGAUUUGGUAGAAAAGGUGUUGCGAUUUCAUUUAUAUCCGAUAAGAAAUCUUAUAAUGUGUUAUCACAAAUUCAACAAUAUUUCAAUCUUGAUAUGACACGUGUGCCGACCGAUGACUGGGAUGAAGUCGAAGAGAUUGUCAAGAAAGUAUUGAAGGAUUAA